AUGUUUUUCUGCGCAUUCUUCAUUGCCUCACUGUUGGCAGUCCUGCCUCAGGCUUCAGCCUCGGCUACAUGCCGUUGCUUUCCCGGUGAUGCUUGUUGGCCCACCGAGAAUGAAUGGUCUCAAUUGAACAAGACCAUCGAUGGCCGACUAGUGAAGACCGUGCCUCUCGGCACCCCUUGCCAUGCGCCGACCUACAAUUCCGAGGCCUGUGCAGUCUUAAAGGAUGGAUGGCUACUUCCCGAGGAGCACUAUGAAUCGUCUUCCUCAGUUAUGGCGCCGUUUUUUGCCGAUGGUGCUUGUGAUCCAUUCCACCCCAUCUCAAAGCCCUGCACACUGGGCAACUAUGUGCGCUACAGCGUGAAUGUCACCAGCCCGGCCCAGAUCUCCAAUGCUGUAAAGUUCGCAACAAAACACAAUAUUCGUCUCGUCAUCCGUAAUACCGGCCACGACUACAAUGGCCGAUCCACUGGUGCCGGAGCCCUUGCAAUCUGGACUCACCACUUGAAGGAUCUGUCAAUCGGCUCGUACAGCGAUAAGUACUACUCCGGAAAGGCCAUUAUCAUGGGCGCUGGAAUCCAGGGCUACGAGGCCUACGAGAUCGCCGACGAGACCGGCUACCAGGUUGUUGGCGGCGAAUGUCCCACCGUUGGUCUUGCCGGCGGAUACACCCAAGGAGGUGGUCACUCCGCACUUAGCUCCCGCUAUGGCCUGGGCGCCGACCAAGUCCUGAAAUGGGAGGUCAUCGACGGCCAGGGCAAUUUCAUCACUGCUACCCGCGAUAACGAGUACUCCGAUAUAUUCUGGGCUCUUAGUGGUGGUGGUGCUGGCACUUACGGUAUCGUCUGGUCCAUGACCUCGAAGGCACACCCCGGAACUCCUGUCUCUGGCCUGAACCUCACCUAUACGAACGAGGGUAUUUCGCAAGAUACCUUUUUCAAUACUAUCGAGACUUUCCAUUCCGAGCUUCCUGCUAUCGUGGACGCAGGUGCUAUGAGCAUCUGGUACUUCACAAAUACCAGCUUUUCUAUUUCUCCAAUCACUGCCCCCAACAUCCCUGUCGCUGACCUAGUGGCGCUUCUCAAACCUUUCACUGACAGCCUCGACAAACUCGGUAUCAAGUACAAUAUAGUCGCUAAGCAAUAUGAUAGCUACUACAGCCAGUUCAAGGAUAUGCAAGGCGUCAUCGAGGUCGGCACUGCCCAGUAUGGAGGCUGGCUGGUCCCAAGAUCGGUCGUUCAGAACAACAACCAUGCCCUGAUGACUGCCUACCGUGAGAUCACCGAGUCCGGCGGUACCUUCAUCGGCGUCGGCCUCAACGUCUCUCGCAAGGUUUCCGGAGACGUCAGCAAUGCGGUGCUCCCUGCUUGGCGCGAUGCCCUGAUUGAUACCACUUUGACGACCCCUUGGGAGUGGGAUAAUCCUGCUCUUAUGUUGGAGCGCCAGCGCCAAAUGACCGAGGAUUUUAUUCCUAAACUGACUGCGCUUUCUCCCAACUCUGGUGCUUAUAUGAAUGAGGCAUGUGGACUUCUAUCUAGCCCUAGCUUCCUUCAUUGUUAUGGUGACUUCCAACAGCCUAACUUCAAGGAGGUCUUUUAUGGUACCAACUAUGAUGCCUUGCGCAAGAUCAAGGUCAAGUAUGAUCCGAAGGAUAUCUUCUACGCCAGAACUGCUGUUGGGUCUGAUGAGUGGACCGAGAGUGAGGAUGGCCGCUUGUGUAAAGCGACCUAG